AUGGAAUUUAUGGAAUCUGGUGAAACAUGUGACAUAAUCGCUAUAGAAAUAACUGAACAAAACAUAUAUUUUGAGCGUCUUUUAAAAUCGUCCUAUUGGCUUGAACUAGGCACACGAGACGAUUUUAGCAAAUUUCGAAAAAUAUGGUCAACACCGGAUUUCAAAAAGUUAAGUGUAAACCACAUUCGGCCAAUUCUUCAAGAAAAUACUUCAAAUUGUAAACAUGUAAAGAAUGUAUUUCAAGCAGUCAUUCAAUGGAUUAUUGAAGAUUCGGAAACUCUUAUUAAAUAUUCAUUGGAGUUGUUGUUAUGCAUCCGACUUGGCAUGCAAUCAUCCACCUAA